UGAACGACCACUACCAUGCGUCUUACAACUGCCCUCUUCGCCUUGGCCGCCCUCGUCGGCACUGCCUCCAGCCGCUUCCUUCUCGUGGGGUCUCAAACCGGCGCCGCGACCACCAACGACCCCGUGGGCAUUUCCAUUUACCGCACCAACGCCAAGGGUGGAUUGACCAAGAUUGGCCAAGAAACCAAUGCCACCACGGGCAACCAGCCGACGUAUUUUGCCUUGUCCAAGGGCCACAAGUUCUUGUACGUGACCAACGAAGUCGAAAAGGGCACGCUCACUGCGUUUCGUGUGCGUCGCAACAACCACGACGACGAUGACAACUGCGAAGAUGACAGCGACGACGAAGAUGACGACAAAGAGGAGACCAGCAACGAGGACACGCUGUCCCUCGACUUUCUCGGCGCGACCGCCACCAACACCAAGGGCCCCGUGCACUUGGUGCUCACCAACGACAACAAAUACGCUAUCGUCGCGAGCUAUGACGACGGGUCGGUGGUUGUGUUCAAGCUCAAUCAGAACGGCACCGUUGGCGAGAUCGUGGACAAGGUGCAGUUCACGGGCGGCGCGGGCGUCGUUCCCGGGCGCCAAGAAGGCCCCCAUGCUCACUGCGUGGCCCUGAGCAAGUGCAACUCGUACUUGUACGUGACGGACUUGGGCAACGACAAGGUCAUGCAGUUCAAGCUCAACAAGGGCAAGCUCACCGCCAACGGUUUCGUGGCCACUGGCCCGGGCACGCUCCCCCGCCACUUGGCCGUGCACCCGAACAGCCGCGACAUCUUCUUGACCACCGAGUUCACGAACGAGUUGGUCCGCCACGAAGUGCAACCGGACGGCCAGCUGGUCAAGAAGGCAGUCGUGAAGACGUCGGCACUGACUGGUGAUCAGUACUCGGCAGCCGUGCAUGUCACGAAAGACGGCAAGUUCGUGCUCGUGUCCAACCGCGGCCUCGGCGCGAACGAAAACAACAUCGUGGUCUUCGACGCUGCUACGUUGGAGCGCGUGUCCACGGGCCCCCUCCGCGCUGGCGCGUUCCCUCGCGACUUUACAAUCAGCGACGACAACAUCGUGUACGUGGGCAACCAACUCACGAGCGACCUUGUGAGCUUCCGCCUGCUCAAGAACGGCACCCUCGUUCCCACCGGCACUAAUGUUGCCGUGCCCCGACCCGUCGUGUUGUUGACCCUGUAAAUAAC